CCUCUUCUUCCUCGUCAAGGCAGAUUGCACUUAGUCGGCGCUUCUCCAUGGCCGGUGCCGUCGCGUCUUGGAAUUCCUCCGCCGUCAGGGCUCCUCCGGCGGUUCUCUCCUCCGCUUCCCGGCUCGGCCGCCUAACGGCGGUUGCCCUUUCGUUCCCCCUCCGCGAUUCCUCCCCCGUAUUGACGAUCGGACGGAGGCACCAACUACUCGCCCGGGCUUCCGGAAAUGAAGGUGAGUGGGGCGAGGAGGAGGGCGGCGUGGAGGAGUCGGAGGGUGCCGGGGUCGCGGUGCUGGAGCCUCUGGUGACGGCGGAGCCGGACGAGAUGGCAGAGCUCAAGAAGAAGCUGAUCGAUCUGCUCUCCGGCACUGACAGGGGAUUGAACGCGUCGUGCGAGACGAGGGCGGAGAUCCUGGAGCUCAUUUCCCUCCUCGAGGCCAAGAACCCUACCCCCGCCCCCACCGAUGCCCUCUCCCUCCUCGACGGCAAGUGGAUCCUCGCUUAUACGUCGUUCUCGCAAUUGUUCCCCCUUUUGGGAUCCGGGAGGUUGCUGCAGCUGGUGAAGGUGGAUGAGAUAUCUCAGACCAUUGAUUCAGAGAGCUUUACGGUGGUGAACUCUGUGAAGUUCGCAGGGCCUCUGUCUUUCACUUCGCUCACCACCAAUGCCAAAUUUGAAGUCCGGAGUCCGAAGAGAGUGCAGAUCAAGUUCGAAGAAGGCGCAAUCGGAACCCCGCAGCUAACUGACAACAUCGUGAUUCCUGACAAGGUGGAGUUCCUCGGCCAAAACAUCGAUCUAUCUCCGUUUAAGGGCAUCAUAAAUUCCCUGCAAGAUGCAGCAUCUUCAGUUGCAAGGACCAUCUCUAGUCAACCUCCAUUUAAGAUACCCAUCCACAACACCAUGGCACAGUCCUGGCUGCUCACCACCUAUCUCGACGGGGAGCUCAGGAUCUCGAGAGGCGAUAAGGGCAACAUCUUCGUGCUCAUCAAGGAAGGUAGCCCUCUUCUGAACUGAUGCUAAUGCCUAUAAUUUGAACUCAAUGCGGGCUUAGCUAAUCUCUAUUACACCAGGAGAUGUGAUUUUCCGUUUGUUGGAUGGGUGAGAAAUGGAUAUGUAAUGGCAAAUAUUUUAGAAGAACUCACUCUAAAUUAUAAAUAAACAAUAUGUUCAUGAAUGAAUUUGAUAUU